AUGUCGGACCCCCAGAAGUACACGGUCGGCUGGAUCUGCGCCAUUGCAACUGAGUACCUUGCUGCGCAACUCUUUCUGGACGAAGAGCACGAAGGACCCGAGUUCGUAUCCGCUAACGAUAGCAAUAAUUAUACACUGGGCAAGAUCGGGAAACACAAUGUUGUCGUUGCUGUCCUUCCCCAUGGCGAAUACGGCGUAUCAUCCGCCACUGGUGUCGCGAAAGAUAUGCUUCACAGCUUUCCCAACGUCAGAUUCGGCCUGAUGGUUGGAAUUGGCGGCGGUGCGCCGACUCCUGAGCAUGACAUCCGCCUUGGGGACGUCGUGGUGAGUACUUCUGGCCACGGGAAGGGGGGGGUGUUCCAGUACGACUUUGGAAAGGCCGUGCAAGGUCAGGAAUUCCAGGCGACCGGAUUUUUGAAUCAGCCGCCGACGAUUCUGCGAACAGCCGUACAUGGACUCUUGACGCAAUACAAGCGCAAAGGACACCAGCUUGAUCAACAUAUCAACGACAUCCUGGUAGAGAACCCGAGGCUUAAAAAAGAGUUCCAACGGCCUGAAUCCAGUACUGACCGACUGUACCACUCCUCAAAGGUUCACCCGCCGGAUGAUCAGUCCAGCUGCGCGAAAGCUUGUGGCGAUGAUCCCUCAACCUUGGUGGCGCGACUCGAUCGUACUGAAUAUGAAGACAAUCCCGCUAUUCACUACGGCCUAGUCGCUUCGUCGAGUCGGUUGAUGAAGGAUGCUGUGACACGGGAUGCGCUUGCAGCGAAGAAGGGCGUUCUCUGCUUCGAAAUGGAGGCGGCCGGCUUGAUGAACCACUUCCCGUGUCUGGCGAUCCGCGGGAUAUGCGACUACUCUGACUCGCACAAGAACAAGGAGUGGCAGGGUUUUGCAGCAAUGAUGGCAGCGGCGUACGCGAAGGAUCUCCUACGCCAGAUUCCUCCUAGCAAGGUCGAGGCUGAGAAGCCUAUUAGCGAGAUCCUCAGUUCCAUCGAAUCCACAGGAAAUGAAACCAAACAUGCCGUGAUGAGCAUGACAUCUGACCAUCGGUUCACCAAAAUCGAGCGAUGGCUGUCCCCGCCAGAUUGUUCAACCAAUGCCAACUUGGCAAGAAAACGCCGUCAUCCCGGCACUGGGACCUGGCUUCUAAACAGUCCCGCCUUCCAGGAAUGGAAACUUGGGUCACGCCAACAUCUGUGGCUCUACGGCCUGGCAGGAUGUGGCAAGACCAUUCUAAGUACGACGAUUCUUGAUCACCUUCUGCACAUGGACACCCACACCACGCUUGCCUUCUUCUUUGACUUUAGUGAUCCCGGAAAGCAGAAACUGGAGGAUCUCCUACGCUCGCUGGCAAUUCAGCUUUAUCACACCGGAAACGAAGCCGCGAGAAAACUUGAUAGUCUUUUCAUUUCCCAUGAUGAUGGACGGAGACAACCAGAUACGACUGCCUUAUCAGCCUGUGUUGACGCAAUGGUACAGAUCACCAAAAAAGUUGUUAUCGUCCUCGAUGCUUUGGAUGAGUGUACGACAAGGGGAGAGCUUCUGCAUUGGAUAAAUAGUAUGGCAUGCAGCAACGCCCAGCUUAUUGUGACAGGCCGUCCAGAAGCAGAUUUCCAACGCGAGAUCCCUGACUUGUUUGAUGAGCUCAACUGUAUCCUACUCGACAAGAAUGCUGUCAACGCCGACAUCCGCUCUUACGUCACAGCAACGCUUGAAAAGAAGCCUGAUUUCGUUAAGAAGGGGUUAUCUCCGGGUAUCCUACAGGAGAUUCGUGACAAAAUCGGAGAUGGAGCCGACGGGAUGUUUAGAUGGGCAGCUUGUCAAUUAGAAACUCUUGCUCUAUGUCUGACUCCAGCUGACAUUGAGAUAGCCCUCAAGUCCUUACCCAGUGAUCUGGCUGAGACAUAUCACCGCAUGGUCCAAAACAUACAGUCGGAAUAUAAGAGCAGCGCGAUUCGUCUCCUGCAGUUUCUCGUCCACACCAAGCGGCCUCUGACACUACCAGAGGCCGUCGAAGUAAUAGCUACAGAGAUAAAUCAAGAGCCUCGAGGUUUUACCGCUAAACGCAGACUAUUUCAAGCAGCCGAUAUCUUACGAUACUGCCCCAGCUUGGUGAUAAUCGCUAAAGUCACGAACUACCGGGAGACUGUGGAAGAACUUCAUCUUGCUCACUUCUCUGUCAAAGAGUACCUUCUUGAACAAGCCCAGUUCGACCUGGAAAGUGCCAGCAAUGUCAUCACCAGAACCUGCCUGACUUAUCUUGGUGAUAUCAAGAACAAUUGCAGCACAAUCAGAUCCGAUUUUCCGAUGGCACGAUAUGCGGCAGAAUACUGGACGGAAUACGCCGUUUCGGCCCAGACUUCUGAAGAAAUUGUUCGAAUCACAGUUAAUUUUUUAAAAGAGGACACAACAUUUCAGCUAUGGUGUCACUUAUACCAGGCCGACCACCCGCAGGAGGAUAAACCAGGACCUCCUAGAGCACCCAGACUGUAUUAUGCUUGUCUAGCUGGACUGGCAGGGGCCGCAAGAGUUCUAACGACAGAGGGAGCAGAUGUCAACGCGCAGGGCGGCUGGUACGGCAGUGCUCUACAAGCUGCCUCAUAUUAUGGCCACCUAGAGAUCGUGAAAAUCCUCGUGGACAAAGGAGCAGAUGUCAACGCGCAGGGCGGCUAUUACGGCAAUGCUCUAUAUGCUGCCUCAUCUGAAGGCCACCCAGAGAUCGUGAAAAUCCUCCUAGACAAAGGAGCAGACGUCAACGCACAGGACGGCUGGUACGGCAAUGCCCUACAAGCUGCCUCAUAUUGUGGCCACCUAGAGAUCGUGCAAAUCCUCCUAGACAAAGGAGCAUACGUCAACGCGCAGGGCGGCGAGUACGGCAAUGCUCUAUAUGCUGCCUUAUAUGAAGGCCACAUAGAGAUCGUGCAAAUCCUCCUAGACAAAGGAGCAGACGUCAACGCGCAGGGCGGCAAGUACGGCAAUGCUCUACAGGCUGCCUCAUCUGAAGGCCACCCAGAGAUCGUGCAAAUCCUCCUAGACAAAGGAGCAGACGUCAACGCGCAGGGCGGCGAGUACGGCAAUGCUCUAUAUGCUGCCUUAUAUGAAGGCCACAUAGAGAUCGUGCAAAUCCUCCUAGACAAAGGAGCAGACGUCAACGCGCAGGGCGGCAAGUACGGCAAUGCUCUACAGGCUGCCUCAUCUGAAGGCCACCCAGAGAUCGUGCAAAUCCUCCUAGACAAAGGAGCAGACGUCAACGCGCAGGGCGGCAAGUACGGCAAUGCUCUAUAUGCUGCCUCAUCUAAAGGCCACAUAGAGAUCGUGCAAAUCCUCGUGGACAAAGGAGCAGACGUCAACGCGCAGGACGGCGACGACGGCAAUGCUCUACAGGCUGCCUCAUCUGAAGGCCACCCAGAGAUCGUGCAAAUCCUCCUAGACAAAGGAGCAGACGUCAACGCGCAGGGCGGCAAGUACGGCAAUGCUCUAUAUGCUGCCUCAUCUAAAGGCCACAUAGAGAUCGUGCAAAUCCUCGUGGACAAAGGAGCAGACGUCAACGCGCAGGACGGCGACGACGGCAAUGCUCUACAGGCUGCCUCAUCUGAAGGCCACCCAGAGAUCGUGCAAAUCCUCCUAGACAAAGGAGCAGACGUCAACGCGCAGGACGGCGACGACGGCAAUGCUCUACAGGCUGCCUCAUCUGAAGGCCACCCAGAGAUCGUGCAAAUCCUCCUAGACAAAGGAGCAGACGUCAACGCGCAGGGCGGCAAGUACGGCAAUGCUCUAUAUGCUGCCUCAUCUAAAGGCCACAUAGAGAUCGUGCAAAUCCUCGUGGACAAAGGAGCAUACGUCAACGCGCAGGGCGGCGAGUACGGCAAUGCUCUAUAUGCUGCCUUAUAUGAAGGCCACCCAGAGAUCGUGCAAAUCCUCCUAGACAAAGGAGCAGACGUCAACGCGCAGGACGGCGACGACGGCAAUGCUCUACAGGCUGCCUCAUCUGAAGGCCACCCAGAGAUCGUGCAAAUCCUCCUAGACAAAGGAGCAGACGUCAACGCGCAGGGCGGCAAGUACGGCAAUGCUCUGCAAGCUGCCUCAUAUUAUGGCCACCGAGAGACCGUGCAAAUCCUCGUGGACAAAGGAGCAUACGUCAACGCGCAGGGCGGCGAGUACGGCAAUGCUCUAUAUGCUGCCUUAUAUGAAGGCCACCCAGAGAUCGUGAAAAUCCUCGUGGACAAAGGAGCAGACGUCAACGCGCAGGGCGGCAAGUACGGCAAUGCUCUAUAUGCUGCCUCAUCUGAAGGCCACCCAGAGAUCGUGCAAAUCCUCCUAGACAAAGGAGCAGAUGUCAACGCGCAGGGCGGCAAGUACGACAAUGCUCUAUAUGCUGCCUCAUCUAAAGGCCACCUAGAGAUCGUGCAAAUCCUCGUGGACAAAGGAGCAGACGUCAACGCGCAGGGCGGCUGGUACGGCAAUGCUCUGCAAGCUGCCUCAUAUUAUGGCCACCGAGAGACCGUGCAAAUCCUCGUGGACAAAGGAGCAGACGUCAACGCGGAGGGCGGCUAUUACGGCAAUGCUCUAUAUGCUGCCUCAUAUUAUGGCCACCGAGAGACCGUGCAAAUCCUCGGCGGCUGGUACGGCAAUGCUCUACAAGCUGCCUCAUAUUAUGGCCACCGAGAGACCGUGCAAAUCCUCGUGGACAAAGGAGCAGACGUCAACGCGGAGGGCGGCUAUUACGGCAAUGCUCUACAUGCUGCCUUAUAUGAAGGCCACCCAGAGAUCGUGAAAAUCCUCGUGGACAAAGGAGCAAUCGUCAAGGCGGAGGGCGGCGAGUACGACAAUGCUCUAUAUGCUGCCUCAUCUGAAGGCCACCCAGAGAUCGUGAAAAUCCUCCUAGACAAAGGAGCAGACGUCAACGCACAGGACGGCUGGUACGGCAAUGCCCUACAAGCUGCCUCAUAUUGUGGCCACCUAGAGAUCGUGCAAAUCCUCCUAGACAAAGGAGCAUACGUCAACGCGCAGGGCGGCGAGUACGGCAAUGCUCUAUAUGCUGCCUCAUCUAAAGGCCACCUAGAGAUCGUGCAAAUCCUCCUGGACAAAGGAGCAUACGUUAACGCGCAGGGCGGCUGGUACGGCAAUGCUCUACAAGCUGCCUCAUAUUAUGGCCACCUAGAGACCGUGCAAAUCCUCGUGGACAAAGGAGCAGACGUCAACGCGGAGGGCGGCUAUUACGGCAAUACUCUAUAUGCUGCCUCAUAUGGCGGCAACCCCGAGGUCAUUGAAUUACUCAAUCUGAACGACGCCAAGAUGAUACCCAGAAAACGAUCCAGUUCGACAAAUAUCAGGGAACGAACGAAAUUCCCUCGGCUUUAG